AUGGCGACACAACUAGCCACCUCGGAGCCUGCGCCGAGCGUGAGGCCGACCGCGACGUCUGCGACAUCAGCACCAGAUGGUGAUGAAAAAGAUGCCGUGCAAGGCUCAUCGCCGGCGGAAAUACCCGUACGCACAAAGGAGUCGUUCAACAAACUCAUGGUUGAGCGUUACACCAUGCGCGACGCCAUCGCCAGUGCUGCCCUGGGCGAGCAGCUGAAUCAGACACGGCAGUCCUCACAAGAGAUGCGUGAGAAAAUCCACGAGUACAGAAUGGUGCGGAACGAGUACAAGCCCUGGUUCCCGCCAAGCAGGCUCUACGGCGAAGGGUACAACGGAUUUGGAAACGGAUACACCGAAAACCAGCAGCCAGCCUCCAGAAUCAUCUACCCAGCGCAAAAGCCACGACCCGGACGACGGACGACGCCAUCAUUCAAGUUUGCCCGCAAGGACAUGCUCAAACAGGCAGAGCAACACGAGGAGCUAGUCCCGCUACGCCUGGAGGUAGAGUGGGACAAGGUCAAGCUUCGCGACACGUUUACUUGGAACCUGCACGAACGUCUUUUGGCUGUCGAAUUGUUUGCGGCGCAGCUGGUGGAAGACAUGGCGCUGAAACCACCUGCGGCACAGCCCGUGUUUGAACAAAUCGUUCAACAGAUGCGGGAGCAGCUGAACGAUUUCUAUCCAUUUGCGUUCGCAGAGGAGGAUGCCCUCGACCCGGAGCUGCCGUACUCGGCCUACAAGAAUGACGAGAUGCGCAUUCUGGUCAAGCUGAACAUCACAAUUGGCCAGCAUACCUUGGUAGAUCAGUUCGAGUGGGAGAUCAAUAACCCCAACAACUCGCCAGAAGAAUUUGCCGCCAACAUGGCGCGCGACCUGUCCUUGUCGGGCGAAUUCACGACGGCGAUUGCACACUGCAUUCGUGAGCAGACGCAGCUUUUCACCAAGAGCUUAUACAGCAUAGGGCAUCCAUUCGACGGACGACCGGUCGAGGAUUCGGAUCUCGUGUCCGCAUUCUUGCAAACUCCUCUUCCCGCCGUCUUCCGACCACAGCAGCAAGCCAAAGAGUAUGCGCCGUACAUGUACGAACUCAGCGAAGCGGAUCUGGAACGAAACGAAAUGGUGUUUUCCCGAGAACAGCGGCGCCAGAAGCGCUCCAUCAACAGACGAGGCGGCCCGCAACUCCCAGACCUCAGAGAACGACAAAGGACCAUUCGUACCCUCAUCGUUUCGUCCGUAUUGCCUGGUGCGGUCGAGGACGUCGAGGACAGUCGACUCUACAAACGGACGGCUGGCACAAUCAGGAAGAGAACUGCCCGUGAUGGCGAGAUUUCAGAAUCCGAGGAGAGCGACGACUCAUCCCCCGACUCGCCCGCACCUUCACAGAUGGCUGGCACGGCGCGCACAAGGGGCAUGCGAGGGGCUGCGUCGGCUGCGCAGCAGCGAAUGGCGAAUAUUGGCCGCUCCGAGACGCCCGAGACUGGGUCGUUGCAUCACCACGAGACUCGAACAUCGCGCCGUGGCCGGGAAGAGACAGAGGAGCCCUCUCACCUCUGGGUUACACUGAAGGUGAGCAGGGAGAAGCUGAGGAGAGUCAUCAAGGGCGACUAUCGCGACCUGAAGGCGCCUUCACAGCCGCAGACACCGGUCGUGGCCCAUGCCAGAGCGCCAAGUGCAUCGUCAAGCAUACCCAAACCGAAAGUGCCAUUCACGCCAACCUCGGCGUCAUCUACACCUCAGCCAGCAGCUGCACCAGCACCAACGGGGAGCGGUUCCAGUUCCUUUCCUGCCGGCCAGCUAGGGCGUCUCCCUGCUCCUCCCCCUGUCCCCGGACAGUCACCUCCCCCAGCCGUGAGUAUUUCUUCCCCCAUUGUCACCGACCACGUCCAUACAGGUCAGAGCCUAACAUGUGCGUCUCGUCAGCCCCCUCCGCCAGAGUGGCUUGUCAACGCCCUCAAAGACCUAGAGAAGCAGUACCCCAACGGAGACAAGUUUGAAGCCAUCAUGAAAUACUCGUACCUCGACCCCGACACCGAACUUCCCCUCCAACCGCAGACGCAGCCGUUUCCAGAGGGCGUUAAGUACGCCUGGCUCCCGCGCAUUCGCUGUCUCGACUGCGCCACCAAGCUGUACACCCCUGGCCCGGACAUGACGGCCCAGAAAUUCGAAGCGCACUUGAAAUUCUCUGGCCACCGGGCAAAAGUUAACCAGAGACUUGCGGCCCAAAACGGCGGCGCGUCAGGUUCAUAG